AAAGCAGCAAGGUUUGUAUCAUAACAAGGUCACUCUUAGCCUCAUUCCUAUUUUCAAAGGCUUGGCAACCAAGCACGCAACUGUAAAAUGGACUAUUCGAACUGUUCAAGUAUCACCUAAACAAAAACACUAAAAGCUAUGUCGAAAAAGCGAGCAUCCUCACCGGAAAAUGACGAAAGGAAAAAGCAAAAGCUUUCACUUAGUCUUUCUGGGGUCAAAGCUGUGAUUGUGGAAGUUGGUCUCGGAAAAACUCGGGCAUCCAUUUUGGCAAAACAGCUGGAAAGACAUGGUGGUAUGCAUCACAAGAACUUUGAAAGCUCAACAACACACGUGUUGGUUGACAAGAAAUUAAAAAUAGAGAGACUGAAAAAGUGUUUGGGUGUAAAAAGUAUUCCUGAAGAAGUAUACUUAGUGGAUUCUGAGUGGUUGAGCAAGUGUCUGUCCGAGGGGAAACUCGUAGAUCUAGAGCAGUACACUUUGGGUAAGGAUGAAUGUAAAGUUGAAGAGAAAGCUGUUAAAAAUGAAGCGAAUAUUAAAACAAGCGAUCAAAAGCAGGCAUCAGAACAAAGUGUUGAUGAGCAAACUUCAACCACAAUGCUUAAAACUGAAGCAAUUUCAUCAAAUGACACAAUAACUUUCAGUAAGUCCCCAACAAAACACUUGACCUCAAAAACUCAAGUAGAUGAUGACAGCGAUUUUACCGAUAGUGGUGACGAGGGAAGCAAAUCAGACAGAUCUCCUGUUAUUACACCCAACACCUCUCCAGAGAAACUUGGAAAUGCAACCUGGGUAUGUGCUCAUGCCUCUACUUCACAGCAACAUAAUCACAACCAACCUAUAACUGACAAGCUUCAAGUUCUUGCAACGGCAUAUGCCAACACUAAAGAUCAGUGGAGAGCUCUGGGAUAUAAGAAAGCUAUAGCGUCAGUCAAAAAUUAUCCCAAAAGACUUGAAACUUGGGAUGAAUGUAGCAACCUUCCUUUUGUUGGAGAACGUCUUGCUAAGAAAAUCUGGGAAAUAGUUCAGACUGGUCAUUUACGAAGGCUUGAUCAUGUGGAUCCUAGACAGGAUGCCCUAAACUUGUUUGUUGGUGUUUGGGGUGCUGGGCCUAUAACUGCAGAAGCUUGGGUCUCUCAAGGACUGAAAAGUCUUGAGGAUCUGACACAGCAUGGGAAGUUAACUAGACAACAAGAGAUUGGCCUGAAAUACUAUGAUGAGUUUCUAGAGAGAAUGCCAAGGGAAGAAGCUGGAAAGAUUGAGGAAGUUGUUAAAAAAGCUGCAUUUGACAUUAACCCAGGAUUACAAGCCUUUGCUUGUGGAUCCUACCGCAGAGGGAAACCAACAUGUGGUGAUGUGGACAUCAUUGUAUCGCACCCAGAUGGGAAAUCUCAUAAAGGAGUUAUAGCAAAACUAUUAGAAAGUCUAAAAUCCUCAGGAUUUCUUACAGAUGAUCUUACUUUAUCUGACAAUGGGGAGCAUAGAAAAUACCUUGGAGUUUGCAAACUUCCUGGGGAAGAUACAAAGCACAGACGUUUGGAUAUCAUUGUUGUGCCUUACAAUGAGUGGGCUUGUUCUUUGUUAUACUUUACUGGUUCUGAUUACUUUAAUAGGUCCAUGAGACUUCUUGCUAAGAAGAAUGGCAUGUCCCUCUCAGAGCACUCCUUGAAUAAAGAUGUUGUCCGGAAGGGAAGUGACAAGAUUUUUGAAGGAACUCCACUUCCAGUAUUCAGUGAGAAAGAUGUGUUUGACUAUCUUGGCCUGGACUACAGAGAACCUCAUGAAAGGGAUUGGUAGUAACAUCACAGAGUUUCCCUAGUUUAUAUAGAAUGAUAAUGCACAUUAAAAAACACACCAUACUUUUUGACAUGCAGACAUUUUGAUGCUAGCAGUUUAGAGUGGAGCGAGUCACAUAUGGUAUAUGCAUCUUGUUGUGAUGCCUUUUAAAACUGGAUAAUUUACAAGAGCAUCUGCCCUUCAUGUAAGACAUUUUUUAUCAGUUUUCCAAAGCAUAGAUAGUGUUAGCUCUGGAAAUAUCACCAACCACACUAUAUACUCUUGAAUAGAUAGCAAUUUAUGUAGAUCUUUUUAUUUUUUAUUCUGUGAAAUUUGCAUCUAGUGGACAAGGGUUCAGUAAACAAACUACUCCAUCCACUUCCUAGUGUCUUAUCCUCCAGGCAACAUUAUUCAUCCUUCAAACAAUCAGAACUUGAUGAGCAGUCUUUGUGCUUAAAAUUUUCCUCUGUUCAAUUUUUGUUUAUACUGUGAUUCUGUGAUGUCUUUUCCCCUGUUUGAAUUUGGUUUCUUGGUUUUAGUAACAACAGAUAAAAGAAAUCUCUAAGAGAUCACAAAAGUGUCUGGUACCUUAGCCUUAUCACUUUAC